ACCCAGUGGAAAUUUUACAACAACUUCCAUGUUUCUUUUGGAGGUUCCAGAGAAAAAGGAAAUAUUUAUAAAACCACCCAAAGAGACAAAGAAUUUGCAAAUAAAUUGGAGGUUAUAAACUGGUAACAAUCUGAAUGCCAAAGGAGACUGCAGCUGACAAAAGGACUUCAACACAGCCAACUGAAAAGUUCCUUUAUAAUGGUAAGCAUUAAUAGCUCCCACUGCUCCUAUGAUGACUCCUUUAAGUACACUUUAUAUGGGUGCAUGUUCAGUAUGGUGUUUGUGCUUGGAUUGAUAGCAAACUGUGUUGCAAUAUACAUUUUCAUCUGCACACUCAAAGUUCGAAAUGAAACUACAACUUAUAUGAUUAACCUGGCCAUGUCAGACUUGCUUUUUGUUUUUACUUUACCCUUCAGGAUUUUUUACUUUGCAACACGGGAUUGGCCAUUUGGAGACUUACUUUGUAAGAUUUCAGUGAUGUUGUUUUACACCAACAUGUACGGAAGCAUUCUAUUCUUAACCUGUAUUAGUGUAGAUCGAUUUCUGGCAAUCCUCUAUCCUUUUAAGUCAAAGACUCUCAGAACCAAACGAAAUGCAAAAAUUGUUUGCAUUGCUGUGUGGUUAACUGUGCUUGGAGGAAGUGCUCCAGCAGUUUUUUUUCAGUCUACCCAUGCUCAGGAUAACAAUACCUCAGAAACCUGCUUUGAAAAAUUUCCAGAAGACACAUGGAAAAACUAUCUCUCAAGGAUUGUGAUUUUCAUUGAAAUAGUGGGAUUUUUUAUUCCUCUGAUUUUAAAUGUAACUUGUUCUAGUAUGGUGCUAAGAACUUUAAAUAAACCUGUUACAUUAAGUAGAAGCAAAAUAAACAAGACUAAGAUUUUAAAAAUGAUUUUUGUACAUUUGGUCAUAUUCUGUUUCUGUUUUGUGCCUUACAAUAUCAACCUUAUCUUCUAUUCUCUUAUGCGAACACAAACGUUUGUGAAUUGCUCAGUAGUGGCAGCAGUAAGGACAAUGUACCCAAUCACUCUCUGCAUUGCUGUUACAAACUGUUGUUUUGACCCUAUAAUUUACUACUUUACGUCUGACACGAUUCAGAAUUCAAUAAAAAUGAAAAAUUGGUCUGUUAGGAGAAGCGAUUCCAGAUUCUCUGAAUCUCAUGGCACAGAGAACUUUAUUCAACAUAACCUACAGACCUUGAAAAACAAGAUCUUUGACAGUGACUCUACAAUAUAAGCUGCUUGAAAUAAAACUACUGGGACUUCACUGAAACAGAACCUUCAGGCUCUUUCAACUGUGAAACGUGUUUUCUUGGACUAUUUUUCCAACGUCAAAAGAAGAUAAAAACAUGGACAUUUAAAAAUUUUUAGUAUAAAGAAAAAUUGUAUAAAUGUGCUAAGUAUUAAAAUAUAUUCCAUUCUUGUAUACACUCCAUUUUAUUUUUCUGAGCCAUUUUGAUUUAU